AUGCGCCCCCACGUCUCUUCCUACUACAUUUCUCGCAGCACAGAUUCCAAGAUUAACGAUUCCCAAGCGUCAACCCACUCAAACAGCCUUCACAUCGGCUACAUCAUCGCGAUAGUCAUCGGCAUCACAGCGCUACUCUGCAUCUGCCUCAUGCCAUCUCCCUGGAUGGUGAACACGUACGACUGGAUGCGCCGGGGCUUCAAGCCCAAGCCCAAACAGGAAGAGUCAGCUCGUCUCUGGAUCAGUCGUCACACGUCGCCGCUAUGGAAGCCGCCGAAGACGGCCGAGGAGCGACGCCGCGAGGAAGAACAACGGAAUCGCGAAGCGGAGGAGAAGAAGAAUAAGGCUUUCUUGAAGGGGCAUUUAGACACGCUGCGUGCGUGGAGGAAGCCACAGAAACCCGACGUUGAAGAGCCUGUAGUUAUUCCGAUGACUGGCAUGGCACCGCUGCAGUUGCCACCGCCUGCUGUCCAACCUACUACUCGACGCUAUCGACGUGACUAUGAGGGCUUCAAGGAGUGGGUGAGGGAUCAGCGGGGAUAG